AAAAAACCAAAAACACCCAUGUCCACUCACCCACGUGCACUGCUCUCCCCCACACCCCCCUUUUUCCUUUUCCCUUUUCUCUUCCCCACCGAAGCCUCAAAACCCCUCUCUUCUUCUUCGUUUUCUUCUCUAGCGGCGACAAACGGCAGAUUUUUUUCUCCCGUUCUUCUUCUCAAGCAGCCCUCGUUUUCUCCUCUCGCACCUCUUCUCCUCCUCCAGCAAGGGCAGAGCACUGUUUUCUCCUUUGCUUCCUCUUCUCUGCUUCUCGGCAGCACUGUUGGAGCUCCUCGGAGUUCGCCGGAGCUCGCCAAACCACCGGAAGAAGAGAGGAAACAAAACCCUAGUUGCUCUCUCCUUUUUCCCCACCAACAGCAGCAUUUUUUGCUGCAUUUUGUUUCCUCCAACAGCAGCCCUAGCUGCUGCCCUAUUCUUGGCAGUACCGUUGGAGUUCGCCGGAGCUCGCCGGAGCUAGUUGAGGUGGCCAACGACAAAGGGAAAGCAACCCUAGUUGCUGUCCUCAUUUCCAGCAGCCACACAAAACCCUUAGAAGAUCCGAGCUCGAGUGGAGCACGGUGACCUGCCGAUACUCGGAGAUUUUUGCUGUAUAUAAGGCAAUGCCACGAGCCCGUGGUCGCGGUUGGGGCAGUAGCCGUGCCCGUAGUCGCAGUCGUGGUUGCGACAGUGGUAGUGGUCGCGGUCGUGGUCGUGCAUGUCAGCGUGCCACUACUACUGAUCUUGGUUUGGAUGAGGCUCCUAUCUCCCCAUCUGAGUUGAUACCGGGAGCUCAGGUUGGUCCCAGUAUUGGAGUCGGUGGUCAGACUGAGGGACAACCUCAUCUUGUUGCAGCUCAGGUAGCCGUACCAGCCAUUCCUACAGCAUCGUUUAUUAUGGAAAAGGCCCGUAUUCCUUUGCUUGCUAGUUCAGCAAAGGAUCGUUUUACGCUGUUCCAUGGAGGCACCGAUCCUUGGGUGGCGCGUACAUGGUUGGAGGAUAUUGAGGGCACUUUUGGAUACAUGUCCUGUUCAGACACAGAGAAGGUAGAGCUAGCCGCUUAUCAUUUUCGAGGGCAAGCAUCCACAUGGUGGAAGAUGCAAAAGACAGUCUUUGGGGAUCAGAUUAUCUCUUGGCAGUCUUUUCGAGAGGCGUUCGAGAGACAGUAUUUUCCUGCAGCAUUUUGUGUUGCUCGACGCCAGGAAUUCAUGAGUCUCAAGCAGGGUGACCGAAGCGUGCUAGACUAUAGUGCAGAAUUUAGCAGACUUGCUGAGUUUUGCCCAUAUAUGGUUGCUCAGGACUCAGACCGUAUGUUUCACUUUACACAGGGACUGGCAGCAUAUAUUCGGAUCAGGAUGUCUGGAUUUCCUGUUACUACUUAUCGAGAGGCACUUGAUCGAGCCAUAUUUAUUGAGAUGACUCAGCAGCAAGUCUCUCAAGAAAGAGAAGCCAGCCGACAGACCUCGCAGAGCUCACACUCUAGACAGCAGAGUCGAGGUCGUCGAUCUCGUGGUCAGGAUACGACUAGAGAGUCUUCACGGUCACGAAAGGUGGCCAAAGUAUCACAUGGAUCUAGUCGCCCAGUUCCAUCACAGCGGGGCCAGAUAUCGGUGAAGUGUUUUCAAUGUGGUGCACCAAAUCACCUGGCAUCAGAAUGUCCACUGGAUAAGAGUAUAUGUUUUUAUUGUAAACUGCCAGGACAUAUGCAGAAAGAUUGCACUUUGAAGGCACAACAUCAGGCAGGAGGAUCACGGUCUCAGCAGGCUCGACCUACCUCACGACCUCCACGGUCUCGGCGUAGAAAGGCCCCAGAGAUCUCAGCAGCCUCAGCCACGAAAUCCCCCACCUACACAGUCUGCUCACCAGCCACAACUCUAUCAUUUGCAGUCCCAGUGGAGAGUGAGUAUCACUCAAGACCUCCACUUCAGCAGAUCUGCCAGCUCCAUCUCAGCAGAUUUGGUGGCUCCAUCUCAGCAGUAUUUGGUAGCUCCACCCCAGCAGACUGCUACCUCCACCCCCAACAGUAUCAGCCACAAUUAUCUUAUCAGCCUUCGACCCAGUCAUACCAGCCUUCGCAGGAUCAGAGUCAGCCCUCUUCUUCUAUCCAGAGGGGUCAACCAUCAGGUCUUGAGCCGGGACAUGUUUAUGCUUUGACUCGUGAGGAGGCACAGCGAGCUGGAGGAUCUGUUAUCCGAGGUAUUAUUUCUGUUUAUAGUAUUCCUGCGGAUAUAUUGAUAGAUACGGGUAGCUCGCAUUCCUUUAUUUCUCCUGAGUUUGUAUGCAAGAUUAGGAGGGUCCCAACUCUUCGACCUUAUGGAUUAUCAGUAUUGACACCAUCAGGUGGAGUAUUGAUGUCAGAUCAGGAGGUCAAGAGUUGUCCUUUAAAUUUCGAUAGCCAUAUCCUUACAGUGGAUCUCCAGGUGCUAGAGAUGACUGAAUUCGAUAUUAUUUUGGGUAUGGAUUGGCUGUCAGAGCAUCAUGCCACUGUCGAUUAUCGAGCCAAAGUGGUGACUUUUCAACCCUUAGAUCAAUCAUCAUGGGAAUUUAUUGGGAUCAAUGAUCGAGGGGUAUCUAUUAUCUCAGCUCUCCAGGCUCAGCAGUUGUUGGCUCGGGGAUGCAAGGGGUAUCUCUUGUCUUUAGUGAGUUCCAAUGUGGAUAGUUCUGUCCAGCUUUCUGAUGUCCACAUAAUACGUGAAUAUCCCGACGUAUUUCCUGAAGAACUUCCUGGCUUGCCACCUCGGCGACAGGUAGAGUUUGCCAUUGAGUUGCUUCUUAGCACAGCUUCAAUAUCGAAAGCUCCAUAUCGGAUGGCACCAAGAGAACUGGAGGAACUAAAGAUCCAGCUUCAGGAGUUGCUAGACAAGAGUUUUAUUCGUCCUAGUGUUUCUCCUUGGGGUGCUCCAGUGCUCUUUGUUAAGAAAAAAGAUGGAUCCUUGAGGCUCUGUAUUGAUUAUAGGCAGUUAAACUCUGUAACUAUCAAGAACAAGUAUCCUCUACCUAGAAUAGAUGAUUUGUUUGAUCAGCUUAAAGCUUUUAUGGAUCUGAUGAACCGGGUAUUCUUAGAAUAUUUAGACCGAUUUGUUAUUGUCUUUAUUGAUGACAUUCUGGUAUAUUCGCGAUCAGAAGAGGAGCACGAACAACAUCUCAGAAUAGUUUUAGAAACUUUACGGAAGGAACGCUUAUAUGCUAAGUUCAGUAAAUGUGCUUUUUGGCUGAGUUCUGUGGGAUUUCUAGGGCAUGUAAUCUCUAGCAAAGGGAUUUUAGUAGACCCCCAGAAGAUUGAAGCAGUUGACCGAUGGGAACAACCAAAGUCAGUGCAGGAAAUCCGUAGCUUUCUCGGAUUAGCUGGGUACUAUCGGAGAUUUGUGGAAGGAUUUUCUAGUAUUGCUGCACCUUUGACUCGAUUAACUAGAAAAGGAGUCAAGUUUACUUGGUCUGAGGCUUGUGAAGCAAGCUUCCAAGAGCUCAAGCAGAGAUUGGUGAGUGCUCCAGUAUUAGUUAUUCCCUCUGGAGAUGAUGGAUUCAUUCUUUACACGGAUGCAUCUAUUCAAGGAUUAGGGGCAGUUUUGAUGCAGUAUGAUAGAGUAGUAGCUUAUGCUUCUCGUCAGCUAAAAGAUCAUGAGAAAAAUUAUCCCAAAGAGUUAAACCUUCGACAGAGAAGGUGGAUGGAGUUUCUGAAAGACUAUGACUGCACUAUCAACUACCAUCCUGGAAAAGCUAAUGUAGUUGCAGAUGCAUUGAGCAGGAAGUCUAGAGGAGUAUUGGCAACUCACAGGGUGGCAGUUACAGAUCUAGUCAGACAGUUUUCAGAGUUAGAUUUAACUGAAGUAGGGCAAACACAGCGUGGUAUACUGGUCUCCUUGAUCGCACAGUCCCCAUUGGUGGAGCAGAUUAAGGAAAGUCAAAUGGAAGACCAGUAUCUUAGAUCUAUAGUUAGUGAGUUGAAGUUAGGCCCAGACGAGACACGUGAUAUGGAUGGAUCUCUUCUUCGAAGUAAGUUAUGCGUCCUGAGGUACAUCCUAUGA